GGUUGGCGAUUCACAGUUUCUGCGUGCGGGAACUUUUUGGCAGUUUUGCAGUUCGUGUUGCCGGGAGUGUCUUGUUUAGGAAUUGCUUUCAGGAGUUUGAGCUUUGAUUUGUUCCGAAAUGGCAGCGUCUCUCACAAGACAGCUCCGUCCUGUUGGCCUCUCAUUUUUGGUCACGCAGAGAUGUGCUGCCACGGCUGCCUCUUCCUCCAAGCUGAAGAAGUUCUCCAUUUAUAGAUGGGAUCCGGACUCACCCCAGAAGCCAAGGAUGCAGGAGUACAUGGUGGAUAUGAACAACUGUGGUCCCAUGGUUUUGGACGCACUGAUUAAGAUCAAGAAUGAAAUUGACCCAACGUUAACCUUCCGCCGAUCAUGUCGUGAAGGAAUCUGUGGAUCGUGCAGUGUGAACAUUGAUGGAAGCAAUACUCUUGCCUGCAUCCGUAAAAUUGACGCAGGCAGUUCUAAGUCCGUCACCAUUCGCCCACUUCCACAUAUGUAUGUAGUGAAGGACUUGGUUCCGGACAUGAGCCACUUUUAUGAGCAGUACCGUUCAAUCGAACCGUAUCUGAAAAAGAAGGACGCUUCGAUUCAGGGCAAGGCUCAGUUCAAGCAAUCAGUCGAUGACCGCAAAAAACUGGACGGUCUAUACGAGUGCAUUCUUUGCGCUUGCUGCAGUACCUCUUGCCCUAGCUACUGGUGGAACAGUGAUAAGUAUCUUGGACCGGCUGUGCUCAUGCAAGCAUACCGCUGGAUGGUCGACAGCCGUGAUGAUUAUCUGAAGGAGCGUCUUGACAUGCUACGAGAUGAAUUCUCUGUGUACCGAUGCCAUACCAUCAUGAACUGCACAAAGACCUGCCCCAAGGGUCUCAACCCAGGCAAGGCUAUUGCUGAAGUCAAGAAACUAAUGGUUGCCCACUAGUUGUUCCAAUGCUAUUAUUAGAAUCUUAGUUUUGGUGGAGAUUGUAGACUUAUAGGCUGACAUUGACUAUUUUAUUCAGGUUGGUCAAUUUGGACAUGCUACACACAUAUCACAGUUCAGAUUUUGAACCACUCUUCUUGAGGGUUUUUGUUUUGCGCAAGUUCUCUUUGCAAAUCCAGUGUAUUGCAGGCAUGCCAAGCGCACAGGAGUUUAGUUGCCACAUGAAAUACACGCAGAUGCAGAUGCAGAGCUGCCACAUGUUACCUGAUUGCUGUACACAGUGUAACUUUAAAAACUUAUGGUGUAAACUGAGAA